GAAAAUUUUAGUUUCUUCUUCAUCUAUAUUCUUGUAGAAUUAAAUUUGGAACCUAGGGUUAUAUUGAAAUAUACCUAGCUAUGGUUGUUAUGGACAAAGUGACUCAAUAUUUACGUGUGUUCAACCACUUUGAUGAAAAUGGAGAUGGAAAAAUAUCGCCGUCGGAGCUACGGGAAUGUGUGGAAGCGAUCGGAAGCAAGAUGUCGAACGAUGAGGCGGAAGUCGCGGUGGAGCUUCUCGACUCGGACGGGGAUGGAUUGGUAGGGUUGGAUGAUUUUGUGAGGUUUGUAGAGGGAGGUAAAGAGGAAGAGAAAGUGAAAGAUUUAAGAGAGGCUUUUAAGAUGUAUGAAAUGGAAGGGUGUGGUUUCAUUACUCCAAAGAGUUUGAAGAGAAUGCUUAAAAGAUUGGGUGAGUGUAGGAGUGUAGAGGAUUGUAAAGCUAUGAUUGCUAAAUUUGAUAUUGAUGGAGAUGGAGUUCUUAGUUUUGAUGAAUUUAGGGUAAUGAUGCUUUAGCAUAAAAAUAUUUGAUUUCCAUGUUUCUUCAUUAGUAUACUAUAUAUAGUCUCACUAGUAGAAAAAAUAAUAGGAUGAAAUGUAUGGUAAAUAUGAGUAAUUAGAAAGAUUCAUGAGCAAU